UUGUAGGUUUCAAAAUAUUAAAAAAAAAAGCCACUCUGUAGUAUAAGCCACAUCUUAUUACACAUCUUUGCCCACAACCCAAAUACUUACAUGCAUGAAACCGUAACCAAGUGGUUUGAGUAGUAGAAUGUUCUUUGGGGCAGCGAACAGUCCGCGUUGCCGGUCCUCUGAUGGUUGAGUAAGCCUCUGUGAGUAAUCUGAGAUGAUGCCGAUUCAAGCUUUAGUAAUACCCUGAACUUUUUGGACAGAAUUAGGAAAGAAGGUAUCUUUUAUUUUUUGCAAGGAAUUCAUUUAGACUCAAAGAGGCUUUGAAUUAUCGUUCAUGGACCGAGAGCACAUUGUGGAGAACGGUCUUGAUUGUAUUUCCGUCAAUUAUGAAGUUGACGUGGUCAUCCCUUACUCGCAGACCUCUGGUGUAGCAUAUAGGCCUCAUAUGGUGACGCAGAAGCACCUUGUUUUCAAUCAAACGCAAAUCACUGGAAAAUCGACCUACAGUAUAAGCCACAAAGACAGGUAAAAGAUGGAAUAAAGCCACGGCUUUAUUUUUUAAAACUACACUACAUGAAUACACACAAACAUCCACGCACACACCCACACACACAGACACAAAAACAUACAUAAACAUACACACAAACACGCACAAAUAUAUACAUACACACAUACACACGCACACACAAAUAUACACAUAUACUUUCACACACAGCACACACACACACACACACACACAAACAUAUGUAUACACAACCACAUACACACUCAUGCACACACACACACACACACACACACACACACACACACACACACACACACACACACACACACACACACACACACACACACACACACACACACACACACACACACACACACACAAUCUAUAUCACUAUGAAAGAAAUACCCACAUAAGGCUAUAGCUCGACCGUAUUUACCAAGUCUGCCUGUCAACAUGAAACCAGAAAUGCUCCCCAGUUAAACACCGCUCUGAGGCAACAGGGGGAGCAGUUCUAGUGUGUGUCGGACACAUUAGCCAUUUUGCCAGAUGGGUCAUGUGACCCUCGGAGGAUUAAGGUCUAGUUCUCAUGCAAAGGAAAGUAUCUCGUCGUGCCAAGGGAAUCCUGGCCCUACAUUGCCAUGCGUGCCUCGCCUAAUUCCACAGGCAUUAGCCAGCCACCAGUGAACGCAUCCGUGGCAACUGGAAAACGUGCAGAGUUCAUCUGUGGCAUGGCCAAUUCCCUCAAUAAGACGCUCAAUUUCACUAUGUAUGCUCCCAAGAAAAACCUCAGCAUCACCUGUGUUGGAGAUCAGACUGAAGCGACCGAAAAGGUCAACUUCGACCGCUACUUUGGUGAAUGUAAGGGAGAGAAAAACAACCCGCGGGCCGUGUUGUCCAUCGUUGACGCCAAAUUAUCGGACAACGGCAUUUAUGUCAGAUGCCAGUUCCUUCAAGAAAGCUCUGCUGCAUUCUUAAACGUCUACGAACCAUCCGGAUCCAACAGCUUCGGUAUCAUCAUUGGCUGCACUAUUGGAGCAUUCAUCACCACUCUACUGGUCUUUGGCGCGCUUUUCCACGUUAUUCGGGGAUCCGAGAAACUACAGCAAUGCUUCAGAGGUCCAGUUGAGGUGGAGGAGGACAUCACCAUGGCCACCGUGGAGUGAGAAAGGAGUGAGAAGUGGAGUGAAACAAAGCUUUUAUUUGCAUGCACUUAUAAGAAUGCACUGCAGAAUGAUGAGUAACUACCUUAAGUUGAAAAGUAGAAAAGUAUAGUUGAAAUCUUUGCGUAGGAUUUUAAUUGAACUAUUAACACAUGUUUGCAUAUAUGUUGACAGCCUAACACUACUUUUGCAAACUGUCAGAUAACCAACAAUAAUUUGAGAGUAUGAUAUUUAUCUCUACAUAUAUUUUAGAGUAGAAGAAUAUAUAUCUUACUUCACUACAAAUAUGAACAAACACCGUACAAAAUACUACCAGGAUACAUUCCUGUAACAUGAGAGGAGUUUACUGUAAUUUAUUUAUAUUAUAUUUAUAUUGUACUUAACCAAACAAAUGAAUACUUAUUGCCCAAUAAAUAUAAUUAUUUUCUCGAGUACUACAUU